UUUCGGGCCUCUCUUUAUGGUAGCGCUGAGCCUCUCUAGCCUCGCUUGCCGUUCUCUCGGUGGUAAACUCCAGGAAGCGCUGAAAAGCGCGUACCCAGGCCGCGCUCUGAGGCGGCGGGUGUGGUGCGCACUCGGUUGUUGGGGAGUUCAAGCUAAAGGGUGAUCUGCUAGAGAGUGUUCUCUAGGCAAAAAUCAGAAAGAGGAAACUCACUAGAAUCAAGCAUGAUGGAUCCAUGUUCAGUUGGAGUCCAGCUCCGUACCACAAAUGAGUGCCAUAAAACCUAUUAUACUCGUCAUACAGGUUUCAAGACUUUGCAAGAAUUGUCAUCAAAUGACAUGCUUCUACUUCAACUGAGAACUGGAAUGACACUUUCUGGGAACAAUACAAUUUGCUUCCAUCAUGCAAAAAUUUACAUCGACAGAUUUGAGGAUUUGCAGAAGUCAUGUUGUGACCCAUUUAACAUACACAAAAAGCUAGCCAAAAAAAAUUUACAUGUAAUUGAUUUAGAUGAUGCCACUUUUCUGAGUGCAAAAUUUGGAAGACAACUUGUACCUGGUUGGAAGCUUUGUCCAAAAUGUACACAGAUAAUCAAUGGAAGUGUGGAUGUUGAUUCUGAAGACCGGCAGAGAAGAAAACCUGACUCAGAUGGAAGAACUGCUAAAGCUUUGAGGUCAUUACAAUUUGCAAACCCAGGAAAACAAACUGAAUUUGCUCCAGAAACUGGUAAAAGAGAAAAAAGAAGGCUUACCAAAAAUGCAACAGCUGGUUCAGACAGACAAGUGAUCCCGGCUAAGAGUAAGGUCUACGAUAGCCAGGGCCUCCUGAUUUUCAGCGGAAUGGACCUCUGUGACUGCCUUGAUGAAGACUGCUUGGGCUGCUUCUAUGCCUGUCCUUCCUGCGGGUCUACCAAAUGUGGUGCCGAAUGCCGCUGUGAUCGAAAGUGGCUGUAUGAGCAAAUUGAAAUCGAAGGAGGAGAAAUAAUUCAUAACAAACAUGCUGGAUAAUUUGUGGUGUCCGCUUGUGACCCUUUCUGUAUUUCUAAAGUUUUGUAAUUCUAAGAUACAUGUUAAAGUUGGUUUUGCCAAUUGACGCAUAUGUACUCAGUGCACUAACACUGCCUUUUGGGUACCUUAAGUUAUUUGAUGUAAAUUUAGAUGGACUGUUUAUUACUCAGCAGUCAGCUCUUCAAGCCUGUCUGAGUCAAUGUAAAGAAGUAGUGUAUAGGCAGUCCUCUGUUUAUACAGUUUGCAUGUCCAUAAAUUUCCAUGACACUGAUACAGUUAAAUAAACCAGUUCCUUCACAGCAA